AAUUACAUGUCACUGCACUUCCAGAGCCGGCUUAUUAUAGCCAUUUGUCUACUUAUCUUAAACAAAAGUUAUAUUUUUAGCGAUUUGUAAAUAUUAGAAAUUAGUAAAAUGAAUUUUCUUUAUCGUCUUCCAUUUUACAUACUGGAGGUUCCUAAUCUUAAAUUGAAAAGACCAUCAUGGUUUGUCCAGCCCAGUGCAAUGGUUGUUUUUUCAAUGGUACUGCUUUCCUAUUUCUUAAUGACUGGUGGUAUCAUAUAUGACGUUAUUUUAGAGCCUCCAAGUGUUGGUUCAACUACUGAUGAGCAUGGACACAGUCGCCCAGUAGCUUUCAUGCCUUACAGAGUUAAUGGGCAAUAUAUUAUGGAAGGAUUAGCAUCAAGUUUUCUUUUCACCUUGGGAGGCCUGGGAUUUAUAAUUCUUGAUAAAACACAUAACCCAACCAUGUCAAAACUUACUAGGAUAUUAUUGAUUAGUGUGGGAUUCAUCAGUAUUUUUAUAUCAUUUGGUGCAUGCUGGAUUUUUAUGCGCAUGAAAUUGCCAGGAUACUUACAAAUGUAAAGUUAAUCCAUCAAUGUUUUCUGAACAUUGAAAGAAAUAUCAAAAAUAAAAAUAAAAUGUUAAUAAACUGUCUCAUAUCUACAAUCUUAAAUUUUUAUAUAUUUUAAUAAAAACUAUUUUAUACAUUUCCAUUUUUUUAAUAUCACAUAUCUCUUAAAAUAAAUUA